CAGUGAUCUGCAGUGAUCAUAUUUCUGUCUUGUGCUUACAAGAAAUCAACUGCUUCGCAGUAUUGUCUCCAGAGUCUUGUAUCUCUCUUUGGUAUCUUCGAUAGCGUUAAAGUACAAGAAUGUCGGCGAUUCGACCAUCUAGCUUUUUUGGUUCUAGUUCUAGUGGUUCUUCUGGGCGAUCAACRCCAAGAUCGUCGACGCCAAGAUCAUCAACUGAGAUGCGGUCAAGUAUAAGCUUACCUGAACCGUAUCAGACACCACCAAACGGUCGCAGUCAAACCAGASAUGAUCUCUCGGAAAUCAAAGAAAUGAUUMAAGAGYAUUCAAAGCUAUUAAAAAAUCUCGAAACCGCGAUAAAGGCCGUUGGUGACCAACUGGAAGAGGUGCGAGAAAACAUGUGUGAUGACGACGAGGACGAUCGGAUUCCACCAGAAAUAUCGAGUGAUGUCCAUUUGAUUUAUAGCAAGUUUGGGGAAGAUGAGGUGUACCAUCCACAUGAAAGCAUUACGUCUCAACACAAUUCUUCAGUAAGACAUGCUCUUGAGGAAGAAAUAACAUCAAAGGAUAAAGGAUAUCCAGUUAGAUUGAUAAAGAGGGCUGUGUCAAGAUAUUAUGAGACAAAAAGAAAGAUGUACUUGCAAACGCUCCCAGAAAACCAGGAGAAAGCUGCAAGGGUGCAGCUCAGCAAUAAACUGAGGUCCCAACGUAAAAGGCUCUAUAUAUCAAGAUUGAAAGCUGGCAAUGAACAGGAAAAAGCUGCCAUGAAAGAGCUAACAUAUGAUUAUGUCAGUGAUGAGGAGGAUGGUGAAGGACCAAAUAGAGGAAAGUGGGUAGUUAGAAAGCCAUCAUGGAGGUCUGGAGAGGGGGAUAAUCUGAUGAAGAGGCUUCAAGAGAAGAUAGAUGCCUCUUCAUCAGAUCGGCCAAGAUUCACAAGAGUUCCAGGGRGGUUAUCAUCUAGGGGAAAACCAAAGAACCCUGUCACAUGGGCUGUUAAUGAUGAUUUGCCAAGACCAUCCAGAAGCUCUGUGCCUUCCAGUGGCUCAAGAGAACAGGAAAAUCAACAAUCAAGUACUAAUGAUCUGCCAAGAAGAGAGAGAUCUAGAAGUCCAGCAAGAAGCCUAAGCCAGCGUCAAUCCAGAAGGGAGAGAGAUCUAGAAGUCCAGCAAGAAGCCUAA